ACGUAUGUUUUCUUACAAGGUGUAUAAAGCUGUAUACGAAUAUAAAAUUGAGAUAAAAUUUUACUAGCAGAUGUCAGGAACUAAAUUACAGUGAAUACAUAAAAGCUAAUGAAGAGAUGAUGUUGAUGACACGUCUGUCUUUCUUUCGAGACUCGCCUAAUUUAUACCAACAGAAAGGGUACUUGCCUAAUGUAAUAAAACAAAGAUGUUAAAAACUAAAUUCUAGGACUUAUUUCUGCUCAAAACUGUAAGUGCCAAGUGUGUCUUUUGCACCGCUACUUAAGAAAUGCAAAUGGGCACUGCUAAAGAUGAUGAAGAAUAUUGGAACAGUAUCGACAGGCCUUCCUUUUCUUUCGAGACGAAUGAUGUGGACACACUGUUUGGCGUUUCAAAAUCUGGGACAGCUAAACUGCUUGCGGGAGUGUCUAGCAUUCAAGUGCCAGAAUGUUAUCUCAAACCUGAUGACUCGCAGUAUAACUUGAAACCUCUACUUGCAGUUAUUUCAGAGAAGACUCUAAAUAAUAUCAUAGCAGCUGAUAAAACAAAGAUUCUUCCUGAAGGACAUGCUAUAAUUCCAAUCGAUGUGACGUUAAGGAAAAUAUUACUUGGCCAGCAAUAUUCCUUAGAAUGUUAUAAGUCACUUUCUAGUAAAACAGCUUUACUGGAUGCAGCUAUAGCUAGUGGAGAUGGUAACGCUAUAUUAAUAGCAAUAUUAUUUAUCGCGAAAACCUUAAAAUCAUCGUUGCUUCAAAGACUGUUGUUUAAUCGGUUUGAAGCAGUACAUGUAUACAUCCAUUAUCUCUCCACUCGGUUACGGACAAACGAGCUCACGGAUCUCUUGUCCAUGCAGGGUCGAUCAAAAGAUGCAGCAAUGAAAAACUUGCAAAUUAUCAUUCAGAACACCCCGAAUCCUGCAAGAUUGCUGCAGAAACUUCAGACUUGUUACAAAAUGCAGUUCGCUAAUUUGGCUGAUUGCAAAGAGAGCGCAUUUGUUCAGAACUACAUCAAACUUCUGGAGUGGCAGACAGUGUUGAAGAAUGCCGACUAUAAAGAAUUACCCGAGCUGAAUUCAUCCGCAUUGGAAUGUCUACGAUACACCUGCAGAUAUCACUGGAACUCAACGGAAGGUUCCUUAACAUCGCCAAAGAUGCUGUGGCAACAGCACGGAAUAUCUUCAAGACAGUACCAGAGAAUAGCGUUAAUAACCAGAGCCUCUGCCCAAACUUGGGAAGACAUCGACGCUCUUCUUCUGACAAAGGGGUGGCUCGGCAACAAGAAACUGCAAACAACUCUGCCCAUCGAAGACAUCCUGAAAAUACUGCACGAGCACAAUGCCCCAUCAGCAGUCCUCGACAAAUACCUAAACUACGUGGACAACAUCGGCAAGCGCCUGGAGAUCGCAAAGAAAUUCCAAUGCGACAAAACCGUGAUCGACAUCUACGUCCUUCAGGGGGACAGGAUCUCCCUCCUGGAAUACAAAGGAAAGCUGCAUCCGCAAUCGGAGUUAUACUUUUACGCAGAGAGUGCCUUACGGGUGCCUUCAACGAAAUGGAGAAGCUGAGUCCGGGCCCAGCCGCGAGGUCAGCGAUAACGAGUACUGGACGAUUUUCUAAUCGAUUUGUCUAGCCAUAAGUGUUCAGUGAUAUUUAAUUUAUUAAUAAGACAAUUCAAAAGGAA